CCAGACAGAAGAAGAAACGAUGAAGGAACCUACCCUGUCUACCCACUAUUCCGGAGAAUCGGACGUCUCCACAGUCGAGUCGAAGCCAGGACUAGAUCGGGUACCUCCAGAUCCUUGCCGUAAUGACUGCGAUCCAACAACUGCAGCGACUGAAGUUGGGCCAGGCCAUGAUGCUAUGGCGGCAGCAAAGAUCCAGGAAUUCAAACAGGAGAUGGAGAGAAUUAUUGCUGGGCGUGAUGUGCCAAAGUCCUCUCACAUGGAUGUCCCGAAUUCCGAACGUUCUGUAGAGUCGAUUGUAGCCAAGUCUUUGCUAAGGCCGAGCGUGCCCUCGUUCUACCCCGGUUUCAAAAAAGUGGGAACAGCCGACCACGGAAAUGAACACGUGACUGACGGGAAGACGUCCACAAACAACCGCACUACACGUCCACCGCCAGGGAUUGCUCACCAGCAUGGAAGUCAGAUACAUCCAAAUUGGGCACAUGUACAGUUUAAUGCGGGGCACAUUCCAGCAGGAAAUUUCCAAACCCAUCAUGCAGCUUCCAGAACAGAUCAUGGGCAGAAACCGUUCGACUUCCGGUCGACAUUAACCAACCCUCGAACAUGUAAUCAACCUCCCGCUCUGAAUAAGUUACAAAUGCAGCCAACUCAGGCAGCGGCGGCUGCUUUGAUAAUGGCAAACUGUCUGCAGCAACCCUCUAGACGAGAUGUAACGUGUAACCCACAGCCAGCGCCACAGAACAAGCCUUAUAACGACUUCCAGCCACCUCCUAGGUAUCAACAGUAUCAACAGCAUUAUGGCCACAUUGGUGUGCAGAACCCGUACCAAGGGAAUACAGCGAGGAAUCCACCCCCCGGCUUCAACGAAACUCCACAGGCUCCAGUUCGCAAUCGGGAACACGCUGCUUUUCGAUCGGAACAAGUACAUCAACAGCACCCUAUACCUCUACAACAGCAACUAGCAUUCAGGUUUUCUGCAGAACAAAGCUUCCAGCAUCCGCAGCAACAACCAAACAUUGGUAAUAGAUUCACUCAGCCCCAAGUCCAGAACUUACACCAACACCAACUUGCCCAGCAGCAACAACAUCAACAGAACCAACAACAGAACCAACAUCAACCGCAACACCAUCCCCAUAACCAUCAACAUCAACAGCAAUAUCGUCCCCUGCAACAACCACACCGCCUUCCCCAUCAACCGCACCCACCUCUUCACCCACUCCAACCACAGCAGCACUUUCUUAACCCCGAAGGUCCCUCCAUUCCAGUACUUCAACAAGAUACAGAACGGGUCGCAACAAACUACUAUGGAUAUGCGCGCUGGCUGGCAUCUCAACAUACAAACGGAGAACACAAACUGCAACAACGGAAAUGUCGAUCUGUGUGAGGAAAGCUCAACGCCUUUGAUAACGUUAAACAGUUCCAGGCUCACAGAUGAUCCGAUACUUAACGGUUCAGUUGCAGAUGAUCCUGGAAUGAAAACUGAUGUGACGACUGAUGUACCGACUAAGAGUGUUCUGGUCAAGGGGAUGUCGGCUAGUGCGGAGAGUAUACCGAGCCUGGUGAAAGGCGACUGUAACAGGGAAAGUUCCAAGGACAAACACCGGAGCUCCAAGUUCCGGUCACGCCGUACAAACCUUGUGCGCAUCUAUCCUUCCAAAGACUGUUCUUAAUCACAUGACAGGUCACUGUGAACUGUUCAUAUAUUGUCGGGUGUAACGAUACUAUUUUAAUAUAUGCUAUUGUUUUAUAUGUGUUGUGUCUUAUAUAAUGAGUUAUAUUAAAUGGACUAUUGUUUUAA